AUGGAUGAAAUCGGUGCAAAACAGUUCGACGAACUUCGCAAUCGACGAAGUCAACAAGCCGGAAGUGACGACGGUUUACAAAGGACAUCUCGGACCCGGAAGGUGCCGCGUGAGUACGCAGAAUAUUUAAAUGAAAUACAUUCCAAAGGACUAAAGCAUGAAUUAUUAAAACUUUCGCAAAUUAUUGAAGUAUCUACAGAGUCUUUAAAAAUCUAUGAUUAUAGUAAUAUUGAGACUACAGAAAUUGAAAAAACUUUGGACACUAUACAUUCAAAGUGGGUUAAGUACCUCAAAGUACAUGAAGAUUAUUCUCAGCUGAUUAAUAACACGCGUGACUUGGAGCGUUUAGCAUCCAACGUCAAAGUCUCGAACGAAAAAUAA